AUGGCAGGCCAGACACCGAGCUCGCUCAUCAUCGAAGACGUUCUGUUCGACCCCACCACUUCCUUGGGAGAUGUCGAACGACAGUUCGCCGGCGCCGAAGGCUACAUAGGGGCUAAAAUUUCACACACUCGUCUGAACCGCACUGCUAGGAUCGUGCAGAACUUCGUCUUUGAAUUCUCCACAGCCGCAGACGCAGCCCGGGCCCUUCGGUCACGCAUCACCAUCACCGUUGGCGACCGGGCCUAUACUGUCCAACCUCACGGCGGAUUCACAUGCUCUAUCUGCAUGGCCCCGUUUGAAGACCACGCUCGUGCGGUCCCUUGUCGCCGAUGCAAAUUGCUUCGAUGCCAUGAUUGCGUGAGGCGUGACUUCAAAGCAGCCAUGGAGGAUAUGGAGAGGAUGCCCCUCAGAUGCUGCAAUACCGUCAUCCAUCACGAGACUGCUCGCGAAAUUCUGCCUACAGUCGAACUCGAAGCUUACAAAUCCAGGUUUGACGAGCUCAGCACCAUAAAUCCUCUGUACUGUCCGGUUCCUACCUGCUCAACAUUUCUGCCACCUAGAAUAUUCGAUGAGAAAGGCUCCAAAGCGACCUGUCCUACUUGCGACGCCAGGGUAUGCACAAAUUGUAAACAAUUGGCCAACGACGGACACGCUUGUUAUGGGGAUGAAAAGCGCAAUUUCAUCCUUGACACCUUCUCUUACAAAACAUGUCCCAAGUGUGGGAUGGGGGUGGCAAGGAUGUUUGGCUGUUCUCACAUAAGAUGUAGAUGUGGUGCACACUGGUGCUGGGAUUGUCAACGCCCUAUACUUGCCUGCUACCAGAGGCCUUGUCAGGCAGCACGUGAAGACGGCAAUACGCCACAAGAGGACGCUGAGGAUGAAGAAGUUGAGGCCGAUGCUGAUGACGAUGAGCUUGAAACCCAAGGGCACAAUGUGUCACCGGAGCGCGGAUCCAACGACACUGCCAUUCGCCCAACAGGAAGUGACAGCCUAGUUGUCGUUUCCGACCAACAACACCCCCAACACCAUCCGCAAAUUGUGCAGGAAUCCAGAGCCCAUGCCAACAGCGACUCCGAAACUGUCAAGGAUGGCCAGGAGCGAUCGUCGGAACCGCCAAACCUAGGAUUUGCCGCUCUACUAGCAGCGAUUGAUAUGCGCGGUUCUCGAGAAGGAGCAGGUGGUGAACGAGCCGAGGAGAACAUCCGUGUCCUGCAAGAAGAGGCUCCCAACAUGGCCGAAGCUAAUACUAUACCUGCCAGCGGUACCAACAAUGCAGUCGUCGCUGUGGAUCCACGUAAUGGACGUGGCAACAACACCAUCAUGGACAACCAAACCGAGAUGCAGACACAGGCCGCCGCCGAAUCGACCAUCGCAGGUGUACUUGCGGAUACGGCAGCACCAUCUGAGGACAACGGGGCUCCAGAUCUCGACGAGCCUGACUUGGAUGAGUGGGAAGGUGCCUUUGACUUUGGGAGUGAGCCCAAUGACGAAGCAUGGGACGUCUGGGGAUGUAGACAUCGCUUUCGCAAAUUCAACACUGCCGCAAUCCCCGAUUUCUGGAUGGUCGGGCUCGAUCCUCGCCAUGCUAAGCUCGUCGAGAUCGAAUGCAUGGCCUGCUUUAGAAAGGUAGCGGUGUACACAGACGAGGAUGCAUCCAAGAAGGAAAAGAAACUCCCGGAAGCUCAAGGCCAAGAUCAACCCAACAAUGCCGUCAAGCCAGGGACGUGGGAAUGCAAAUCGUGUGGCGUGAUCUAUUGUAAACCUUGCGUAAAGUUUGCGAAGAAGCGCAUGGUGCGGGAGCGACGUUCUGGAGAUUCUGACGGAGAGUGA